AUGUAUAAAUCUAUCCUUAAAUCAACCAGCAGUAGGUUCAACAAAGUUAUAAUCAACCGUAAUUUGGUCUCCUCCAAUUACGCAAGAUUCUUGGCAACAAGUUCAACAGCUACCCCAUCAUCAUCAUCAAACGCUUCAAAAGUUACCCCAAACAAAACCACCAAUGCCACAACUGGAGAAUUACAUGUUUCCACUGAUACUGAGACUCCACAAUCUACAACCAACUCGGUCCAACCGCCAGAAGGUUCUGCUAUUUCUUUGAAAUCAGCUAGUCGUGAUGCAUCAUUGUUUGGUACCCGUCCAAUUUAUUUGGAUGUUCAAGCAACUACUCCUGUUGAUCCAAGAGUUUUAGACAAAAUGUUGGAAUUCUACACUGGAUUAUAUGGUAACCCACAUUCUUCUACUCAUGCCUAUGGUUGGGAAACUGAUAAAGAAGUUGAAAAGGCUAGAGCUUAUAUUGCCGAAGUGAUAAAUGCCGAUCCUAAAGAAAUUAUUUUCACUAGUGGUGCUACUGAAACUAAUAAUAUGGCUAUUAAAGGUGUGCCUCGUUUCUAUAAGAAAACCAAAAAACAUAUCAUCACUACUCAAACUGAACACAAGUGUGUUUUGGAUAGUGCUAGACACAUGCAAGAUGAAGGAUUUGAUGUUACCUAUUUGCCAGUUAAUUCUGAAGGUUUGAUUAAUUUGGACGAUUUAAGAAAAGCCAUUAGAAAAGACACCAUUCUUGUCUCUGUUAUGGCUGUCAACAAUGAAAUCGGUGUUAUCCAACCAUUGAAAGAAAUUGGUCAAAUUUGUCGUGAGAAUAAAGUUUUCUUCCACACUGAUGCCGCACAAGCUUAUGGUAAAAUCCCAAUUGAUGUCAAUGAGAUGAAUAUUGAUUUGUUGUCUAUUUCAUCCCAUAAGAUUUAUGGUCCAAAAGGUAUUGGUGCUUGUUAUGUUAGAAGAAGACCAAGAGUCAGAUUGGACCCAAUCAUUACUGGUGGUGGUCAAGAAAGAGGUUUACGUUCUGGUACUUUAGCUCCUCCAUUAGUUGCAGGUUUUGGUGAAGCUGCCAGAUUAAUGAAGGAAGAAUCUAGUUAUGAUAAAGCUCAUAUCACUAAAUUAUCUAACAAAUUGAAAGAAGGGUUAUUGUCAAUUCCAUCUACACAAUUCAACGGUUGUAUGGAUCCUAAAUCUCAAUACCCAGGUUGUGUUAACGUUUCAUUCGCUUAUAUUGAAGGUGAGUCUUUAUUGAUGGCUUUGAAAGAUAUUGCUUUGAGUUCUGGUUCUGCUUGUACUUCUGCUUCUUUGGAACCAUCUUAUGUUUUACAUGCUUUAGGUGCUGACGAUGCUCUUGCUCAUUCUAGUAUUAGAUUUGGUAUUGGUAGAUUCACCACUGAAGCUGAAGUUGAUUAUGUUAUUCAAGCUAUUAAUGAAAGAGUUGAUUUCUUGAGAAAGAUGUCUCCAUUAUGGGAAAUGGUCCAAGAAGGUAUUGAUUUGGACUCAAUUGAAUGGAGUGGUCAUUGA